UUUGCCCGACCAAGUGUAGUUUCUGGAGGGUAUUUUUGCUCUGGAGCAUUUGGGGAGACUAUGUGCUUUCGGUGCUGGCUUGCCCUGCCAAUUGCCUUUGCAGCAAGACAGACAUCAAUUGCAAGAAGCUGGAUGACGGGAACCUCUUCCCUCUCUUGGAAGGGCAGGAUUCAGGCACCAGCAAUGGCAACACCAGCAUCAACAUCACUGACAUCUCCAGGAACAUCACUUCGAUACACAUAGAGAACUGGAAGAACUUGCAGACGCUGAAUGCUGUAGACAUGGAGCUGUACACGGGACUCCAGAGGCUGACAAUCAAGAACUCAGGACUUCGCAGCAUCCAACCGCGAGCCUUUGCUAAGAACCCUCAUCUGCACUACAUAAACCUCUCCGGUAACCGGCUCACCACACUAUCCUGGCAACUCUUCCAGACACUGAGACUUUUUGAACUGAGCCUCGAAAGUAACUUUUUUUAAUGCAGCUGUGACAUCCGCUGGAUUCAGCUCUGGCAAGAGAAGGGUGAAGCAAACCUGCAGAGCCAAGAACUGUACUGCAUGAAUGUGGAGGCUGCUGUCAUUCCCCUGCAGGAAAUGAACAUCAGCCAGUGUGAUCUGCCUGAGAUCAGCGUCAGCCACAAUAACUUGACGGUGCGGGAAGGCGAGAACGCGGUGAUUACCUGCAAUGGCUCAGGGUCGCCACUGCCUGAUGUAGACUGGACGGUUGCAGAUCUGCACUCCAUCAAUACGCAUCAGACGAACCUCAACUGGACCAAUGUUCAUGCCAUCAAUCUGACCCUGGUGAAUGUCACCAGUGAGGAUAACGGGUUCCUCUUGACGUGUAUUGCUGAGAACGUGGUGGGAAUGACCAAUGCCAGCGUGCUGCUCACAGUCUACUAUCCCCCGCGCAUCCUGAGCCUGGAGGAGCCAGAGCUGCGCCUGGAGCACUGCAUUGAGUUUGUGGUGCAUGGGAAACCAGCACCCAGCCUCCACUGGCUGCAUAACGGCCAGGUCCUUAGGGAGACAGAGAUCAUCCGCAUGGAGUUCUACCAGCAGGGCGAAGUGUCUGAGGGUUGUCUGCUCUUCAACAAGCCUACUCACUACAACAACGGCAACUACACCCUCGUGGCCACCAACCCGCUGGGUACCGCCAACCAGACCAUCAAAGGGCAUUUCCUCGAGACGCCCUUUCCAGGGGGUACAGAUAACUUUGUGUCAAUUGGUGACUAUGAAGUGAGUCCCACCCCACCUAUUACUGUGACCCACAAACCAGAGGAGGAUACGUUUGGGGUGUCCAUAGCAGUGGGGCUUGCAGCUUUUGCGUGUGUCCUCUUGGUGGUGCUCUUUAUUAUGAUCAACAAAUAUGGUCGCCGGUCCAAGUUUGGGAUGAAAGGUCCUGUGGCAGUGAUCAGUGGGGAGGAGGAUUCUGCCAGCCCCCUCCACCAUAUCAACCAUGGCAUCACCACACCCUCGUCGCUGGAUGCUGGCCCGGACACGGUGGUGAUCGGCAUGACCCGUAUUCCUGUCAUCGAGAACCCCCAGUACUUCCGGCAAGGCCACAACUGCCACAAGCCAGAUACAUAUGUUCAGCAUAUUAAGAGGAGAGACAUUGUUCUGAAGAGGGAACUGGGAGAAGGUGCCUUUGGGAAGGUGUUCUUGGCCGAGUGCUACAACCUUAGCCCCACCAAGGACAAGAUGCUGGUGGCUGUGAAGGCUCUGAAAGACCCCACGCUGGCAGCCCGCAAGGAUUUCCAGAGGGAGGCAGAGCUGCUCACCAACCUGCAGCACGAGCACAUCGUCAAGUUCUAUGGGGUCUGUGGCGACGGGGACCCUCUCAUCAUGGUCUUUGAAUACAUGAAGCAUGGGGACCUGAAUAAGUUCCUGAGGGCGCAUGGCCCAGACGCUAUGAUCCUGGUGGACGGGCAGCCUCGACAGGCCAAAGGGGAACUGGGGCUGUCCCAGAUGCUGCACAUCGCUAGCCAGAUUGCCUCUGGCAUGGUAUACCUUGCCUCCCAGCACUUCGUCCACAGAGACCUGGCCACCAGGAACUGCUUGGUGGGAGCCAACCUGCUGGUAAAGAUUGGAGACUUUGGGAUGUCAAGAGAUGUCUACAGCACUGAUUACUACAGGGAAGGGCCGCAUCCGAAGGGCCAAUGCAGCGCAGCGUGGCAGCGGCAGAGACUAGCACGACCAGCAGCUAAAACAGUUGGAGGACACACCAUGCUGCCCAUCCGCUGGAUGCCCCCGGAGAGCAUCAUGUACCGGAAGUUCACAACAGAGAGUGACGUAUGGAGUUUUGGGGUGAUCCUCUGGGAGAUCUUCACAUAUGGGAAGCAGCCCUGGUUCCAGCUCUCAAACACAGAGGUCAUCGAGUGCAUAACCCAAGGCCGAGUCCUGGAGAGGCCCCGUGUCUGUCCCAAGGAGGUUUAUGACAUCAUGUUGGGCUGCUGGCAGAGGGAACCUCAGCAGCGGCUCAACAUCAAGGAAAUCUACAAGAUUCUUCAUGCUCUGGGCAAGGCCACACCAAUCUACCUGGACAUCCUUGGCUAGCAGUGGCCACUUGUCAAAAAUUCCUGCUCCUUCCUUCCUCUGUCCUCCCUACCUCCUCUUCUCCCCAGGCCCUUCAGCUCCCAAGCAAACAUCUUCAUAUAAACUCAAGUGCCUGCUACACAUACAACACUGAAAAACAAAACAAUCUGUAAGGCAGUUUGGCUUAUAUAUAUUUAUAGAUAUAUAGAUAUAGAUAUAUAUACCUUCUACACCAAUACAGAAAGAAGCUGCUGUUACAGAAACUCUAAGACUUAAAAAAAAAAAAAAAAAAAAGGAAGAGAAGAAACUUAAAGUACUUAAAAAAAAAAAAAGAGGAGGAAUCCUUCCCCCAAGCUGUGGAGCAGUGAAAUGUGACCCCACUGUGCGUUGUCCGGUUGGGCUGAGCUCAAGACUCCUGCAAGCGCAGAGACGCAGUCCCAGGGAAAAGCUCUGGGAGGAGGCCCUGCCCCGUUUGUAAGAUAUGCACUGAAUGUGUAACUCCGUCCCUCCGCCCCCCCAUGGGGUUUAGGCUCUGAGCCAGGGCAGUGCCCCGGAGGAACUUAAGAUUCUACCCACCCACCUUUCCACUCUUUUCCUCCUUUCAACAUUGCAGGACAAUUUUUCUAAUUUGCCGAUUCUUAAACGUAUCGACUCAAGGCUUUUGGAACAUACAGUAAAGGAUCGCGGCACCUACGGGUAAACCACACAUGCGGAACAGCCACACUCCCACAGAACGCAGACGUCAGGACCGUAACCGCUGCCCAGAGACAGCCCUUGGUCAGACUCUGGAAAUAGUCCUGGGGACUAGAGCAGUUGCCUGUGAAGCCAUACAGAGAGCAGAGCUGGGGCGGGACCUGAAGCACCAUUCUAAGGAUCCUUUGACUGCACUUCGGCAUGCGAGACAGGCACCAAACCCACGCAUCACCCUCCUCCCCUCCAAAGAGGGGAUGGUUUUGAAAGCAAAUUCCACCUCCCUGCUUACUUUGCCAGGGGACGUGCUAGAGAUGGGAGGAGAUGGGGCAAAUUCAUCCCUGGUGCAAUGCCGAUGAAAGCAGCCCCCCUCCCUCAGCAUGUGGAAUCUGACUUGCACUGCUGCAGGGGUGCUCUUCAGGGUUAGUAUGCCAUGCUGCCCCUCCUCCCUGCCCCCACGUCCCCCAUCUACUGCCCUCUCCCUUGGUCCAGUACCUGCCAAAAGGGAGCGGGGGUGGGGUGCAGGAGAAACAAAGAGGCCUGGGAGAUGGCUGGAAACCUAUCAGCACCUGCCCAGGCCACGUUGACAUUCCCCUCACGUCGCCAGGCCCUGAAAGGAUUGAUGCAUCUGCCUUUGAGCGGCUGUGAAAAUGCAGAAGCUGAAGAAUAGCUUCACAGGCAACCCGGGGAGUGGGGGGAGGGGACAGUGGUGCCUUCCUAAAGAGACGGCCGCAAAUGGCCACUGCCGCCAGCCUCGCAUGUCUAUGAAGACAAAGGCCUGGCCAAGGAGAGGAGGACAGCCAGGGGAGGGGAGGGAAGCAGGCCCCAUUCUAGGCCCCCAUCAGUAAAAGGAAUCCGCGUCCUGGUGGAAGGCUUCCUCAGAGUCAGGCGCCUGCUAGGUGCAGGCCUGGGAAACAAACAUUUCUGGUCUGUUUCUCCUCCGGGGCAUGGAGGACGAGGGGCCAACGUGCUGCACGGUGGCUCUAAUCACAAAGAGGGCCCGGGAACAGUAACAGUUGUCCAGGCAGGGUCUGACAGGCGACUGCUGCAAACACAGAAAUAGCUGGUUGGGAUGUGGCCCUUGUCAUUAAAGGAGUGGGGAGAUCCCCCCAGCAUCUCCUGCCCAGAGCAAUCGACAGCUUUUGAGAAAACAAGCUGCUGUCUAGAUGGAGACAUGGCUGUGGCAUGCUGCACUGAGGAAAACCCCCAUCCCUUCGCCCCUACAAUCACUCCAUUCAGCUGGAGCUGUCUUGUUCAUGGCUUACAUCAGCAGAAGGGCCCUGGCAUAGCACAGGGAAGCCAGGGGGAGGCCUCUCAGGUGCUGGUGGAGCGCAGUCUGCAGGAUCUAAAGCUGCUGGAGUGGGACGGGUGCAGCGGCGUAUGUGGCUCAAGGGGUGCUUAGAGGCAUUGAUGAGUGGAGUGGGGGGGGGGACAGAACAUGGCU